GGGCGGGGCAACGUCAUGGAGGCCGCGGGCACCCGGGCCCGGGCGGCUGCGCGGCGGCGGGACCGGCGGCUGCGGGCGCCGGCGACCGUGAAGGAGCAGCGGGAUCCCCAGCCAGGCGUGCGGCUGCCGCAGAGGAGAAUUGAAGAGGCUCAAGAAGAAGCAGUCUUUCGAGAAGUGGUCAGUUUUACCCCAGACCCUUUGCCAGUUCGAUAUUAUGACAAGGACACCACCAAACCCAUCAGCUUUUACUUGUCUUCCCUGGAGGAACUCUUGGCGUGGACGCCCGACGUGGAGGAUGGCUUUAACGUGGCCUUAGGGCCCCCCGAGUGUCGGCAGCCCCCUCUGAGCAGCAGGAGGCCCCGGACUUUGGUGUGCCAUGACAUGAUGGGCGGGUACCUGGAUGACAAGUUUAUUCAGGGCUCAGCCACACAGAGCCCCUAUUCCUUCUACCACUGGCAGUACAUUGACGUCUUUGUGUACUUCAGCCAUCACACGGUCACUAUCCCCCCGGUAGGCUGGACCAACGCUGCCCACAGGCAUGGGGUCUGUGUGCUGGGGACUUUCAUCACCGAAUGGAAAGAAGGGGAGCGGCUCUGUGAGGCCUUCCUGGCUGGGGACGAGCGCUCAUACCAGGCGGUGGCCCGGCAGCUGGUCCUGAUUGCCCAGUUUUUCCGAUUCGAUGGCUGGCUGAUCAACAUCGAGAACUCUCUGAGUCUGGCCGCCGUAGGGAACGUGCCCCAUUUCCUCCGGUACCUGACCACUGAGCUGCAUCAACAGGUCCCCAGGGGCCUGGUGCUCUGGUAUGACAGCGUGGUGAGCAGCGGGCAACUCACAUGGCAGGAUGAGCUCAACGAGCACAACAGGGUCUUCUUCGAUUCCUGCGAUGGCUUCUUCACCAACUAUAACUGGCGAGAGGAACAUCUGGAGCGGAUGCUGGGGCAGGCUGGGGAGCGCCUGGCCGACGUGUACGUGGGAGUGGAUGUGUUCGCCCGGGGCAGUGUCGUCGGGGGCCGGUUCCACACGGACAAGGGAAAGAGAGGCAGCGGUGAUCCUCCCCAGAGUGGGGAAACUGAGGCACCGAGAAGCAAGCUCUGCCCUACAAGCCUACCUUCCAGCCCAUUUCUACAGUCAGACGUCACUGGAGCUGAUCCGGAAGCACGGGUUCUCGGUGGCUCUGUUCGCACCUGGCUGGGUGUACGAGUGUUUGGAGAAGGGGGAUUUCUUCCAGAACCAGGACAAGUUCUGGAGUUUGCUGGAACGUUAUCUGCCCACGCACAGCAUCUGCUCCUUGCCCUUUGUCACUUCCUUCUGCCUGGGCAUGGGGACUCGAAGAGUCUGCUAUGGCCAGGAGGAGGCUGUGGGGCCCUGGUACCACCUGAGCGCCCAGGAAAUCCAGCCCCUGUUUGGAGAGCACAGGCUGGAAGGGGAGGGACGGGGCUGGGUGAAGAUGCACUGCUGCCUGGCAGACGCCUGGAACGGGGGCAGCUCUCUGCUUAUCCGGGGGCUGAUUCCGCCCGAGGUUGGAAACGUGUCUGUGAGGUCCCAGUGCCGCCCAAGAUUUUCCUGUCCAUGGUGUACAAGCUAGAAGGGCCUUCGGCCGUGGGGGUGGCUUUGGAGCUCACCACGGGGGACACAGGCAGCUGUCACGUGGGAGGCAUCGCAGCGCCGAGCGGUGAGGGGACGCUGUUGGCUUCUUCCUUCCUUACAGCAGAAACGAGCUCAAGGCGCAGUCCCCGACCCCUCCGGGUGCCCCCGACAAAGCUGGCCAAAUGGGUGGGCCGCUGCGGCCAGCAGCUCAGCGGGGGCUGGGUCCAGCGCUGCUACGAAGUGAAUCUGCGGGGCUGCCUCCUGCAGGCCCUCUUCGUUAAUUUCUCCCGGCCUCCGGGCAGCCAGAAGGAGGAGAACUUCGUCUGUCGCCUUGGAGAGAUCCAGGUGGUGGAUGCCAAUAGCCUGCUGACCCCUCUGCCUCAGGUGCAGGCUGUGACUGUCUCACAGGUGCGCUGGCAGUCGGCCGCCUCCGAGGGGGAGGGCGGCCCCACUGGGCUCCGACUCAGCUGUACUCUGCACUGGGCCCACCUCCUCCCUCACGUCCGAUGCUUCCGGAUCCACUGCUGCCGAGGGUCAGGAGGUGACUCUCCUUGCAGGGGGCCGUUGGAGCCAGAGAGGCCCACGCUCCUGGGCCUGGCUUUUGUCAACCGGUAUCGGAUAGUGGACCUGGCAGUGGCAGCCGCAGAGCCUGGCCGGGAUGGCCGUGUGGAGUUCCUGGUGGAGCCCAUCCCCAAGGAGGGGUUUCUGGUGCCGCGGGCUGAGUGGGGCAGGGCGGCCAUGCUGUACUCCACGCCCCACACAUGAGCGACCAUUAAAGCACAGAGUCUCCCACCUCAAGGAUAAGGCUUCUUCCGCACUGGGGCCUCACCUGUGUGUGGGGAAGGCCUGAGUCCCGAGGGCUGGGCCAGAAGGUCACGGGCCCCGGAAGGCUGUGGGCUGUGGCUCUUCGUUGGGGUAUUGGGAUAGGAAAACUGAGAAGUCAGUUUGCUGAGUUGAUAAUUCCAGCGGUGAGCGGACCCCCCCUUUUUGUCUAAUCCUUCUCCGUAGUAUACAGUUUCCGGGUACAAGUGAAAAGAUUUGGGAAAAUUUAGUCUAGAAAAUUCCAUAAAGAGUAUC